AUGGUGUGCGAUACACCCAGCGACCAGUCGGUCACCGCCACCGACGAUGAGUUGGAGUGGGAUCUCGAGCAGGAGAAGAAAGCCAAGAGGAAAAUCGACAUGACGGUCCUCCCCCUCCUCGUCCUCGGCCUUCUCAUGUUCCAGCUCGACCGCAUGAACCUCGCCAGCGCUCUGACCGCAGGCUUUGCGAAAGAUAUCGACGUGAGCCAGGAUACCAUCAACUUGGGAAACCAGCUCAUGUUCAUGGGAACCGUUGUCUUGGAGAUCCCGUGCAACUUGCUUCUACAACGGUUCGGACCGCGAAAGUGGAUAUCCCUGCAGGUCUUCCUCUUCGGAGUCGUGGGCACUCUUCAAGUCCUCGUCAAGAACCGCGCCGGGUUUCUAGCUACCCGCCUGAUGCUGGGGUUCACGGAGGCGGGCUACAUCCCGGCCUCGAUAUUCACGCUGUCGACGUGGUACACCAAGCGAGAGCUGGCGAAGCGCGUUGCGGUGUUCAUGUUUGGCCAGUUUGGCGGGAAUGGGCUGAGCCCGUUGCUUGCUUCGGGUAUCCUGAAGUUGGAUGGUCAUGGGGGCUUGAAGGGCUGGCAGUGGCUUUUUCUACUUGAGGGCGUCGCAACUCUGACGGUGGCUCUGAUGUUCAUAUUUCUCCUCCCAGGCUCCCCGGAUACCCCGAAACCGAUUGGCAGCCCGGGCAUCAUCCGCUUUUCGAAAGGUCAGCAAGAAGUCCUACAAACACGCCUGAAGGUUGAGGAGCCUGCGAAGAAGCAUGGCGGCCGUGGGCUGGAGAUUCCGUGGGCGCUGGUCUGGAAGACGAUCGGCCACUACAAGAGGUGGCCGCACUACAUCUCCACGUUCUGCGUCUUUUCGACUUGGUCACCGCUGACUACAUAUACGCCGUCCAUCAUCAUGGCAUUGGGUUUCGACCGAAUCAGCGCCAACGCGUUAGCUGCCGUCGGUGCGACUCUCUCAAUGGUCGUCGUCUUCGCAUUUGCGACUCUGAGUGAUAAAACAAACAAAAGAGGAGGCGCAGUCCUGCUUGCGCACGUGUGCUAUCUCAUCAUCUUGGUGGUAACGCGAAGCAUUCAUCCACAUGUCGGGAAGUGGUCGAGAUGGGUUCUGUGGACGGCGAUCAACGCCUUCGCGGUGUCGUAUCACCCGGCGCAUAAUACUUGGGUCCAGGUCAACUGCCGCGAGCCUGGUGAGAGAAGCAUUGCCGUUGCGAUGUGGGUGAUGUCCGCAAUCAGCGGCUUGAUGGUCGGUACGCAGUAUUUCAGGGGCAACGAUCUUCCUUUCUAUGAUAAGGGUCUCUUGACGAUGAUCAUCAUGGUAUCAGUGGGCAUGAGCUUCGCCAUAUUACAAGAAUUGGUGUAUUUUGUGCAUAACCGAAGAGUGGCGCAAGGGAAACAUAAGCCUAAGGAUGGCUCCGAGCCGUAUGUAUACGUGUAUUAG